GCCUACACCUGUAAGUAACUUGAUCACACGAUAUGGAUUUCAAGAGCAUUUACUUUACUCUGUGCUAGAAGAACUUGUUAACACUGGUCGUCUAAAAGGCACAGUGGUUGGUGGGAGACAGGAUAAGGCUGUGUUUGUUCCAGACAUCUAUGCCAGAACGCAGAGCAACUGGGUGGAUUCCUUUUUCAAGCAGAAUGGUUACUUAGAAUUUGACGCAUUGUACAGACUUGGCAUCCUUGACCCAGCAGGCUACAUUAAAAAAAGAUACAAGUCCACACAGCUCUUAUUUCUGAAAGCAGCUUGUGUUGGUCAAGAAAUUGUGGAUCAAGUUGAAGCUUCUGUAGAGGAAGCCAUCAGCUCUGGAAACUGGAUAGAUGUAGCAACUCUUCUGCCCAGCUCAUUGUCAGUAGAAGAUGUUGGGAUUUUACUUCAGCAAGUGAUGAGAUCUUUGCACAAAAAUUCUUCAGGUUUAAUCUUCAGUGACACUAUUGUGGUCAGUGAGAAAUUUAUAAGCAGCUGUGCUGAUCUGUUUUCUGAUAUGAUGCAACAGAAAGCUGAAAAGGAUAUGAAAAAUAACCCUGUUAAUCUAAUCACUGAAGAAGAUUUAAAACUGGCUUCUGGUUUAGAGAAUGCAUAUGCUAAUAAAAAAGACAGAAAGGAUGAAAGAAGAAAAAAAGCCACAGAGGGCAGUGGAAGCGUGAGAGGAGGAGGAGGAAGUAAUGCUAGAGAGAUCAAGAUUAAGAAAACCAAGAAGAAAGGAAGAAAGGAUGCUGAUAGCGAUGAAGAAUUACAAGUAACUAGCACAGGUAGGAAUAAGCAGAUGGAGUUCUCUUUCAUGUCACAAGAAGAAAUUCAGGACGUUCUAAAGACUCACAUGCAGGAUUGCCCUGAAGAACUUAUUACAGAACUUGCUGAACAUUUAAUAAGACCUCUAACAAAAACUUACCAGGAAGUUGUACGUUCUGUUUUUACGUCUUCAACAUCUUCCUCUGGAGCUACCAGAAGACAGACCAUGAAGGACUUGCAGGAGGAGUUCUCAAACUUGUACAACAAUAUUCGGUUAUUUGAAAAGGGAACAAAGCAUUUCACAGAUGAGACUCAGACUAACCUUGCCAAACACCUGCUGAAGACUGUAUGUGCAGACAUUACAAAUCUGAUUUUCAACUUCCUAGCGUCCGAUUCAAUGAUGACAACAGAAAAUUAUUCUACGAUCACAAGUGAGGUCCGAAUCAAGAUUUUAGGUAAAUUGCCAGAAGACACCAAAGGUCCUCUAACUAAACUGCAUACUUCUCUGAAUGGCAAGAGUAUAGAAGAUUUUUUUUCAUGCCUUGAUUCUGCAGUGGAUAUUUGUGGUAUUAUGGUGAAAAAAGGAGACAAAAAGAAGGAAAGGCAAGUCUUGUUUCAGCAUAGACAAGCUCUGAUUGAACAGCUAAAAGUCACAGAAGAUCCAGCUCUUGUUCUGCACCUGACGUCAGUGCUGUUAUUUCAGUUUUCAACCCACUGUAUGCUUCAUGCACCAGGAAGAUCAGUACCACAGAUCAUUAAUUUCCUAAGUGGCAAGAUCCCAGAGGAUCAACAUUCCCUGUUAGUCAAAUACCAAGGAUUAGUAGUGAAACAAUUGAUCAGCCAGACUAAGAAAACUGAACACGGAGAUGGUGACGCAACACAUAACCUGGAAGAGGAGGAAGAAGCAGAUGCCAUUCGAAAAGAGCUCCAGGAGAUCACUGCCUCUAUCAAAGAUCUUGUUCUCAGGCCUAGGAAAUCUUCUGUAACAGAGGAAUAAAAUUACUCAGUGCAUCCACACCUAUGAU